UGGUUCACAUUCGUCUUCAAUAUCAACGGCGAGAUGUUACGGGUUCACUAAACGUUACUCUGUUACGCGGCACGCGUCAAAGGAGUUUCGAGAUCUAUCGUCACGUUGAGCUAUCGAUCACAUGAAACAAGAAUGUCAAUAACGGUCAAGAACCGCGGUCUCUCUUUCCCACGCCCUGCCCAAUACCGUCCAUGCUCGCUAUACUAUUCAAUACAACCGUGACCAGCGGCUUUGGCAAUGGCUAUGUCCCAAUCCGCUUCCUUCCUUCACAAGAUAUCCAUCUCAUUUACUACGCGUGUGCCUGAUGUUUCGUAUCACAUGAAUACAACUGCUUCCCAUAUCGUGGGAUGCUCGUCUCAGAGACCCAACACGCGAAUCAUCAGCUCGGUCGUGCCCUUACACUUACAAGGUUAUCGACCCCUGACCCUUCCGACAUCACUAAAUGGCGGGAUAACGACUAUGGGUUCGGACUAUUACAAACGAGUCUUGAUGGAGGAUAUCAAAGGGAGGAGACAGGAUGCGAUUGAACCUGAGUAUAUGCUCUCUUCUCCGAACUACUUCCAUGCCUGUCGAUCAGACCCAGCGUGUCUCCUGUUCGUGCUAAUAUUCAUCAACCCAAUGACAGCUGUCGUGCCUGUCUACUACUAUCACCAAUUCGAUUAUUGUACUUCGUCACAGCACCACUCCGAUACAAAUCUAUCGGCCUAAUCGAUGUUACACACGGGAUUUCGUAACUUUGAAUCUGUCUAAAGAUCAAAGAUCAAAGAUCUUUGUCUGUAGCGAGAACACAGCAUG